AUGUAAGAAAUACUAAAAGGUUUUGACUUUAUUGGAUGGAAAAUUGGAUUAAAUUAUAAAAGAGAUAAUAUUUUUAGAACAAAAUUCGGAGGUGUGAUAACAAUACUAUCUAUAUUAAGUAUAUCUUUACUUUUUUUUAACAAUGUAAGUUUUUAUUAUUAUUUAGUAAAUAAUAAAUAAUUAAAAGAAACUGUUCAUGUUAAUAGUUUUAAAACUUAUAACUUUAAGCCUGAUCCAAUAUAUUUAGAUAAAAAUAAUUUCAUGUUUGCAAUAAGUAUAGAUUAAGAAAAUUUUAUAAAUAAUCCUUAUUAUUAAAUUUAGUUAUAAAAAAGGAAAUACUAUAAAAACGAAUAAAAUUAAUAAAUUAAAUUAAAAGAAUUUAUAAAACUGGAACCUUGUACUAAAGAACAUUGGUAAGACGUAAAUUCUCAGUAUUUAAAUUAUACCGAUAUAUUCAUCUAAAAUAAUAUAAAUAAAUACUUAUGUCCCUAGAAAAUGCAAAAUUUUACACUAGAAGGUUCAUAUUCAGCCGAUAUUUUUUAAUUUUUGAAAUUAUCAGUAAUAAAAUGUCAAAAUAAUACAUUAUAAGCAACAUCAACAUGGAAUCCAAUAUGUAAAUCAUAGGAUGAAAUAAAUCAAUUUAAUAAAUAAAGGGAAAUAAAAAUGUCUUUACUUUUCCCAAAUUUUGUAAUAAACCCAACUAAACCAAUAGAUUAUGUCACUAGCUUUUUAAAUGAUGAUAUAUAUUUUUAUAUUAAACCAGAAAUGAGGUAUAGUAGUAUAAAUAUAUACUUAGGAGAACAUCAAAUAGAAACUGAUAAUAGCAUGCUUCCAAUCAAGUCUAUAAUUAAAUAAAAGUUUGUCAAAUAUAAUCCUAAUAGUUUAAGAGAAUAGCAAAUUCCUGGAGACUAUGAUCAAAUUGCAGAUAUUUAUUUACAUAGGGAUUAGUAUACUGAUUAUACAAAAAGAAAUUUUUAAAAGUUAGAUGAGCUAGUUUCUUACUUAGGAGGAUUCUUUCAAGCAGCAAUUAUAAUUAUCGCAUUAAUAAUAAAAUAAUAUAAUGAAUAUGUAUAUGGUAUUGAUUUGGCAAAUAAAUUAUAUGAUAUUGAUUUAGGUGGUAAAUAAAAGAAAAAUGAAAAGAAAAGAGAAUUUUAAAAAAUAUCUAAUUAAAUACAAACUUUAAGUAUAAAUAAAUAAAUAAAAAUUGAAAAUAAUUAAACCCCGUAAACAAAAAAUUAAUAAUAUUUAUAAGAAUUUGAUGAAGAACUUUAAUAAAUAAUAGACAAAGAUGAAUUACUUUAAUUAAAUUAUGAAUAUUUGUUUUAUAAAUUAACUUGUGGAAAGCUCUUUAAUACAAAGAGAGUAAAAUUAAUAGAAAAAGCAAUAUAGUUUGUCUAAGAAGACCUUGACGUCUUUUUAAUUAUUGAAAAGCUUAAAGAGGUUGAAAAACUUAAAAAAUUGUUAUUAAAUAAGCAACAAUUAAUUCUAUUUAAUUUUUUCCCAAAGCCAAUUAUUAAAGUUAAAUAAGAAGAAAUUAUUCCUUCUAGAAUAUCCAUGAGUAGAGAUCAAGUUCAUUUAGCUUCUCCCUAAAGGUCUACUUUAAGACCUAAUUAAAAGAAAAAGAAAAAAAUCGGAAAGUUUACUAAUAAAUAUAAAAAAUAUGGUAUUGUUUUGAAGGCUGUUUGUAAAUUAAAAAAAAAAAAAAAUUCUUCCGAAUAAAAUAAUUCAUAAUAUUAUAAAAAACUUUAUGAAGCUUACGAAUAAGUUAGUGAAUAGGAAAAUUAAGAGUAUUAUUGUAUAUUAUUAAUAUUUUUAUCUUUUAAAAUAGUUUAAAUAGAAAGCUUAUCAAUAUGCUAGGAGAUGAUAUUAAAGGUUUAUUUUAGAAAAGAAAAGAGUAUUAUAUAUUUAUUGAUUAAAAUAUUUUUAUUUUAUUUUUAAUAAAAAAUAGUAUAAAAAUGA